UCAGGCAAAUGCAAAAUGCAUGAUAGUCAUCCGGAGGACAAAUAGAAUAGUUAAUAGAGACCUAAAAGUUAUCAAUUUACACAAGAAUCUGCAUGUGCUUUGAUGAAAAAGAGAGUUUUCUUGUUUUUGGACUUGAAAUUUCAUCGCCAGAACCACCAGAAAUUGUGAGAACAAUAAAACUCAUUGGUUUCUCCGUCUCAAAUUCAAUCAUUUUGUUUUCAAGAAACCUAAUAAAAUCUUCCCUCUGCAUGUGCUCUGUUUUCAAUUCUCUUUAAUAAUAAAAAGAAAGAGAAAAAUAAAUGGCAAAUGCAUCUGGACUGUUUACACCUACUGUGCCUAGUGUGAGGAGCAGAUUUUCUCCGUCUAUAGACAUCGAUCGAUCUGGGUUUCGGUUCUCUGAGGGAGUUUCCAGAAGAAUACUGUGUUACAGCAUUCUUCAGGAUGAAGCGAAGCUUUCCCCCUCUGAAUCUACAGUUCCCAGGCUAGUAAGUAAGGGCUGCAAGUUAGUUGGAUGUGGCUCUGCAGUACCAGGUCUUCAAAUUUCUAAUGAUGAUCUUGCAAAAAUUGUUGAUACUUCUGAUGAGUGGAUCUCUGUUCGGACAGGAAUUCGAAACAGAAGAGUUCUUUCUGGAAAAGAUAGUUUGGUAGGUCUCGCUGCAGAGGCAGCAAAGAAAGCUCUCCAGAUGGCGGAGGUUGAUGCGGAUGACGUGGACCUUGUCUUGAUGUGUACUUCUACUCCAGAGGAUUUGUUUGGCAGUGCUCCUCAGAUUCCAAAAGCACUUGGCUGCAAAAACAAUCCAUUAGCUUAUGAUAUUACAGCAGCUUGUAGUGGAUUUGUGUUAGGCCUUGUGUCAGCUGGUUGCUAUAUCAGAGGGGGUGGCUUCAAUAAUGUUCUUGUGAUUGGGGCUGAUGCUCUCUCUCGAUAUGUUGAUUGGACGGAUAGAGGAACCUGUAUUCUCUUUGGUGACGCUGCUGGUGCUGUGCUAGUACAGGCCUGUGAUAGUGAAGAGGAUGGUUUAUUUGCUUUUGACUUGCAUAGUGACGGUGAAGGACAAAGGCACUUAAACGCCACCAUCAAGCAAAAGGAAACAGAUCAUUUGUUAGGUACAAAUGGCUCGUUACUAGGAUUUUCCCCAAGAAAUUCCUCUUACUCUUGCAUCCAGAUGAAUGGUAAAGAGGUCUUUCGCUUUGCUGUUCGCAUUGUGCCCCAGUCAAUUGAAUCCGCUCUAGAGAAGGCAGGUCUUGCUGGAUCCGACAUAGACUGGUUGCUUCUUCAUCAGGCAAACCAGAGGAUAAUUGAUGCCGUGGCAACACGUUUGGAGGUCCCAUCUGAACGUGUUAUAUCCAACUUGGCAAACUUCGGCAACACAAGUGCUGCGUCCAUUCCAUUGGCAUUGGACGAGACUGUACGAAGUGGGAAGGUGCAGCCAGGCCAUACUAUUGCAGCUGCCGGAUUUGGAGCUGGUCUUACCUGGGGCUCGGCCAUCGUUAGAUGGGGAUGAAGCUGGUGCUUUAACCAUUUAUGAUCAAUCUUAUGAAAGACCAUCGUUCAUUAUUUUGAAAUGAUUAGUUACAUUUAUUUUUUUAUCUUUUAAUGUCUUAUAUUCUCGACCUGUGUCAAAUCUCCUAACAUGAAUCAAAAACAUGAUCAAGAAUCAUGUCCAUCGUCGUGAAUAUCCAGAAGAUAGGUCAAGAACUGUUUAUA